AGAGAGAUGGGGAGAAGGCCUUGUUGCUCAAAGGAAGGACUGAACAGAGGAGCUUGGACGGCCAUGGAAGACACGAAGCUGGCCGACUACAUUGCAGCCCACGGCGAAGGCAAGUGGAGAGACCUCCCUCAGAAAGCAGGAUUGAAGAGAUGUGGGAAGAGCUGCAGGUUAAGAUGGCUCAAUUAUCUCAGGCCUGGAAUCAAGAGAGGCAAUAUCACAGAUGAUGAAGCUGAGCUCAUCAUUAGGCUUCACAAGCUCCUCGGAAAUAGGUGGUCGCUAAUAGCGGGAAGACUACCAGGACGAACAGACAACGAGAUAAAGAACUUCUGGAACACCAACCUACGCAAGAAGCAGCAUCACCACAACCCUCAAGGCACACAAGAUCCCACGGCAGCAGCCGAUCAUCACGAAGAUCACAAACCAUCGUCCUCCAAAGCCGUCGCUAUUGAUAACAUCACUCCCACCAACCAUGACCAGAGCCGUUCAGAUUUGUCGUCAAAAGCGAUCCGAACCAAGGCGACCAGGCCGUGCAGAGGCAAGGCCGUCUUCCCGCACGGCCCUACGGUUCCGUCGCCAAUUUUAAUGCCCGCGACGCGUAACAAUAGCGACGGAAGCAAUAACGACCAGAAUUGUGGUCACGUUGGUGCUAGUUGCUUUGGGUUGAGCUGUGAUUUGGAGAUAGAUGAGGAGUUGCUGUCGGAUUUGCUUCAGAGCACCGACUUCUCGUGGCUAAUUGACGACGACCUCGUGAUCAACGGCUAUCGUCGAGAUGGAGGAGAUAAGUACUGCCCGCAAGAGGGGCUGUUGGAAAUGGCGACGGCCAAUACGGUCGCUAAUGAUGAUGGUUGUGGGGAUUGUCUUGAUCAGGAUGAGAUGAUCGUCGCCAGAUCGGCAGCCGGGGCCACGUCAGCACAAGGGCAGACUAGUCUGAUUGAGGACGUGGCAGCUGCUGCAGGAACGAGUUCAGAUCCUGAAGGCGCCGGGGCGUGA